AUGCCUGUUCGGAUGCAAGAUGUGGAGUACUUGGUGAAGACAAGCAAAGUCGCAGAGGGAGGCUUGUUCGACGUCACGCCUAUCAUCAUCGUCUACCCUCUGGACAUCCGAGGGAACCUUCCAAAGAGCCUAUUUGACAUUCCUCUGGCUGCGUCCACGAUUCUCCGGGUCCGACUCAGCUUCUCUUUCUCGGAAUCGGAUGGCCCACUACCCAGGCGGAUACCCUCUCACUGUCUAACGAAGCCUCUCAAGGCGUGCUCCUUUCUCAUCAAAGGUGACCGCGCACUCGCAUCAAUCAAGGUGUGGCAUCUGAUCCCCAAAUCAGCAUGCCAAGAUGGACGGCAGCACCCUCAAUGUAGCUGCACCCGUCUUUCGACCAAGCGGCGCAGCAGCCAGCUUCGUACCAGCACCUCGUCAGCCUGUGUCAAUGCAGCCACUGUCAUACUCGUCGGAAACUUCUGA